AUGCUCGGACAGAUGAAUGAUGAGCAGCGCGCGCAGUGGAUCGACCAAAACUGGCGGUCGUCUUUCAUGUCCACUGGCAGACUCUGUGAGGGCACGGGGCAAACCAGCUGGACAGUCGACGGGCAGGCAGACAUAUCUGCGGACGUGUGGUCUAUGGAGGAGAACUGCGAACUGAUUGGCACCGGAGACGACAUGCUGAUCAGAGUGGAAACAUAUGAUGACCCUGCAAUGCCACCCAGCAACGUGCUCAGCGAGCCUUACGCAACGGUUUUCAUCAACAAGCUGAAGAAGGUGCGGGAUGCCAUCGUCGACGGCGCCGAUGUUCGCAAGAAGACCAUGAAUCGGAUGAAAACUGCUAUACUGGUGAACCUUGUACCCUACAACAAGACCCUGACGCACCGCGGACGAAUGCUGCCGAACCUUCUGAAGAAGGGUAUGAGGAUAUCCACGGACGUGUCCCAGGUGAUUACCGAUCUUGAUGCGAAGGUCGGGGUGAGUGCCUCUGGCGGACUCGAAGGGACACACACACCGCCAAUCAGCUGUUCGCGCCGAAGAUUCUCGCCGAUGUCCAGACUGUUCUCGCUAUAA